AUGAAGCUGCUCACCUUCCUCGUCGCUCUCCCGGCAGUUACCCUCGCCCUCCAGCCAAAAGCUGAAUACCGCGACCUCCCCACGCUCCGAAAGCAGGAUGAGCUCGAGAAGCGCUGGGUGCAGAAGCGCUAUGACUUUAUCCCUUCUGUGCUGAAGAAACAUGGGUAUGACGCCUGGAUCCUAUCCAUGCGGGAGUACGCGGAAGACACAGCCUUCCGCUCGCUCGUCUCAUCCACCACGACAUUCUCCGCACGUCGCCGAACUCUAUUCCUCUUCCACACGCACCCGGAAGUCGAGAACCCCCUCUAUCUUAUUGACAACACCGAAGACCUCUGGCACACCCUCAACAAGACACUGGAGCGCAUCGACCCCAAGAAGAUAGCUGUCAACAUAGACGAAAACAUGUCAUUCUCAGACGGGUUGCACACGGGCGAGGGGCAGCUCUUACUCUCCAAGCUGGGUCCAAAGUGGGCGAGCCGGACCUCGAGCCACCGCGCGAUCGGCGUGGAGGUGGUCGCUGCGCGAGUGGGCGGAGAGGAGCAGCUGGGGAUGUACAAGCUCAUGAUGGAGAAUGUGUGGGCGAUGGUCGCGGAGGGGUUCUCGGAGAAGGUUGUGAAAGCGGGAGAGACGACAGCGGAGGAUCUGGAAUGGUGGUUUAGGGAUGUGAUGCGCUGGCGCAUUGGGACGGGGACGUGGUUCCCUCCUUCGGUAAGUAUCUAUCGGUCACCGUCUGAGCCAUCUGUAUCGGAGCAUCCGGCGAUGAGGGAAGGAGAUAUGCUCCACGUCGACAUCGGGAUCACGGCCAUGAACAUGAACACCGACACGCAACACCUUGGCUACAUCCUCCGCGCUAACGAGACCUCCCCGCCCGUCGGCCUACUCAAAGGUCUGGAAGCGGGCAACAAGCUUCAGGAUCUAGUCAGGAAUCGGAUGGUCCCCAGACGAACUGGGGACGGGGUCUUGAAGGAUGUCCGAGGGGAUAUGGACAAGAAGGGUUUGAAGGGGUUGAUCUACAGCCAUCCCAUUGGCGAUUAUGGUCACUCGGCGGGUGCUCUUAUCGGAAUGACCAAUCUUCAAGACUCCGUCCCAGGUGGAGGUCAGAACACCGUACUGAAGAACUACUGGACUUCGAUCGAGCUGUCCGCAGAGACCUAUGUCCCAGAAUGGGGUGUCGACCAGCUCUUCCCGCUCGAGGAGGACGUGUAUUGGGAUAAUGAGACCGAGGGAUUCGAAUGGGUCUUCGGGCGUCAGACGGAGUUUCACUUGGUCAAGCCCAAGCACAAGAAGAGCGCCGGAGUCGCCCUGGCAGAAGGGAAAUCGGGACUGGUAGCGGCUGCAGCCCGGUGGAUGGGCUUGCAGGUAGUUCGUUGGGUUUGA